UAAACGUUGCCACUCGAGACUCGGUGGGAAGGAAGAAUUCGAGCUCACAGAUUUGGUAAAAUUUACCCCCAUUAUUAUUAGCGCGCUGGGCGAUGCUUCCGUGUUUCUACCAUCCCUUUCUUAUUAGCGCGCUGCCUUGAUCCGAGGGUUUGGCACCUGUCCCUUCCCUUCCUUCCUCCCCCGGCGCAAUCUUUCCUUCCGCGAGCUCGCCCGGCGAUUUUUCUUUGCAGUUUUCUAUUGCAAAUCUUGGGCGCGACCUAAGCAUCGAUUCGGCUUUAAGCGGCCGAGGCGGUCGGAGUGGAGGUGCCCGUGGUUGACCCGUUGGUGAGAUGAUUGUUGGGUCGGGAACUUCUUUCUCCUCUUCCGAGGUGGAUUGGAGCUCUGUUUCUUGGAACAGGAACCAGUAAUUUCCCAUGCAAUCUCUUGGUUGAUGGAUGCUCUUCCUGUUGUAUCAGAAAGAGAGAGUCAAACAGAUAGUCACCCUUUACUCAUGGAGCAUGUGAUUGGUAUCCCAAGGGAUGAUGUCCCUUCUUCUACACCUCGUCGAGAUAAUCAUGAUGGCAUGGAUCAACUGCCUCGUGACUCAGAAAGUUCUUCUGGAACAACUGCUGCAUCUAACACUCCGAGCGCUCCUCUAGCAAGAAGAGAUGAUAAUCGUGGUCCUCGUCGGCGAAGUCCUCUGAAUUCUGGCUUCUGGAUCUCAGUUGAACUAGUUGUAAAUCUCAGCCAGAUUAUAGCUGCUAUUUGUGUUCUGUCUGUAUCAAGGAAUGAACAUCCUCAUGCUCCAUUGUUUGAGUGGGUCAUUGGUUAUACAAUAGGUUGUAUUGCAACUCUUCCUCAUCUUUACUGGCGCUAUCUCCACCGCAACCACCUGGCCACUGUGCAAGAAUCAGCUAAUCAGAACUACAUUCCAAACAACAUCCCUGAAAGUAAUUCUUCUGAGGAAUUUUCUGCCCCUCGAGUGUCUGAAGCUGGUGUUGUAACAGGCACAAAUGGAGUUUCAAGAAACAACGUGGUUACUGUAAAUCCAAGGGCCCAAGCUUUUGCUGAUCACUUCAAAAUGGCUCUGGACUGUUUCUUCGCUGUAUGGUUCGUUGUGGGAAAUGUGUGGGUGUUUGGUAGACGUUCUUCUGCCCAUGAUGCGCCAAACUUGUACAGGUUGUGUAUAGCCUUCCUCACAUUCAGUUGCAUCGGCUAUGCUAUGCCCUUCAUUCUCUGCGCACUGAUAUGUUGCUGCCUCCCCUGCAUAAUUUCUGUAAUGGGCUUCCGAGAAGAUUUGAACCAAAAUAGAGGUGCUAGUUCAGAUGCUAUCAACGCCUUAGGCACAUAUAAGUUUAAAUUGAAGAAGCCUCGUAAUGGAGAUGGAAAUGGAAAUGAAGGUGGCAGUGGGGUGUUGGCUGCUGGAACAGACAAGGAACGCGUUGUUUCUGCUGAAGAUGCUGUUUGCUGUAUCUGCUUGGCAAGGUACGUGGACAAUGACGAACUCCGGUUGCUCCCAUGUGGGCACUUCUUCCACAAGGACUGUGUCGACAAGUGGCUCAAGAUAAAUGCACUGUGCCCCCUCUGCAAAUCUGAGCUUGACGUUGUCUCGGCAACUGCUCCAGCCAUUGGCUUUGGGCGCCGCCACAGCGACAACAGGGUAGGAAACGACAUUGAAUCGCAACAAUAGCUAUGGCAGCUUGUCCCAUGAGGAGGCAACAUGCCUUUGAUGCGGCUUUCCACUAGAGCAAUUUGUAAAUUAUAUAUAGUGCAGAUUGUACAGUCGAUCGAUGAGCCCUUAUGUGACCCAACAAGUUAUUUCCUGACUGACUAAUAUCUCCUGUCGUCCAUAUGUGUUGCUUCUA